AUGGCAAGCGAGAUUGAGAGAGGUGAGAGGGAGAAGAGAAGCGAGCGAGAGAUGACAGAUAGUGGGAGACAGGUGAAAGAAGGAAAUUCAUCGACAAAUUAUUUGAUCAAAGGUCAAUGGACUGAUGAAGAAGACAGGAAAUUGCUUAGGUUGGUAAAACAAUUUGGAGUAAGAAAAUGGGCACAAAUUGCUGAGAAAAUGGAAGCAAGAGCAGGAAAACAAUGUAGAGAAAGAUGGCAUAAUCAUCUACGUCCUGAUAUCAAGAAAGAUACAUGGAGUGAAGAAGAAGAAUUGUUACUAGUGGAAUCACACAAGCAACUUGGAAACAAAUGGGCUGAAAUUGCUAAAAGAAUUCCUGGAAGGACUGAAAAUGCAAUAAAAAAUCAUUGGAAUGCUACUAAAAGAAGGCAAAAUUCAAGGAGAAAUAAAAACAAAAAAAUUCAACAAGCUGGUGAUGAUGAUACUCAAUGUGAACGCAAAUCAUCCUCCUCUCGUUCCACCGUUCUACAAGAUUAUAUUAAAAGCAAUUCCACCGCCACUACUUUCACCGGAAGUACUCCACCGUACUCCGAAGACGAUUCGCCGUCUUUGAUGACUCAUCAAACACAUGAUGAAGAAAUGAACUUCAUGCAAAGUUUAUUUGGACAUGACAAUAUUACUACUAUCGAGCCACAAGUAGUAACUCAAGAUCUUCUCAACAAGAGCUCGUCUGAUUUGAACUCCUUUAGUGAAAAUUCAUUGACUCAGUGUAACGUUCAGAGUUACACUCCUCAAUACUAUCCUCCGGACCUAUACCUAUCGUACCUUCUAGAUGGUUCUAAUUAUUUUGGAUGUGGAAGCAUGAAUAAUACUAAUCAAGGUUGUUCAACAUCAGGAGGAGGAGGAGGAAACAUUAAGGAAGUUGAUUUGAUGGAGAUGAUUAAUUCAACUAAUCCUCAAUUAUCUCAAGCUGGAACCUUCAACAAAAACUUUUUCUAA